CCGGACUGCUGGAGGCGGAGGCAGCGCCAUGUUGGAUGCUCCGGUCGCCGAGUGAGGAAAAUCCACCGGCAUCUCCCCGUUUCCCCCACCGAGAACGGCUCCAGUGACCCCGGGGAGGGGGAGGGCUACGCUCGGCCCCUGAGAGCCCCAUUGACCUCUGGUCCUGGUUUGGGGCCCCUCAGCCCCCCGAUACCCCCAGCCCCCCCCCGACCCCGCUCCGGGGGGCCCCUCGGCCAUGAGUCUCCCCCAGAAAGCGGCCCUAAAACCGGCGGCACCGAGCGGGACCGGAGCUGUGGGACCUCCACCCCCUGCAGUGCCUCCCCCCACCGCCUCGUCCGCCGCCAUCCGGGGCCUGCAGCCUCCACCAAUAUCCCGUGGAGCACUGCAACAGGGCCUCGAUGAUCGAAUCUUCACCCCUUCUGCAGUGUCUGCUGUAUAUAGUACAGUUGCAGCACAGGUAGCGAGACAGCCAGGGCCUCAGGCCCCCUCCCCAUAUUCUUCACAUGACUUAACUAAGGGACUUCCCAAUCUGGCCGUCACACCACCCGGGCAUGCCUCAUCUCCUGGACUGUCACAGCUCUACUAUCCUGUGUACCUACCUGUCAGGAAAUACUAUGACCCCAACACGCAGUGUCUAAGUAAAACACAGGCAUCUUACGCCUCGGGACAGAAUGCAGCGGCGCCUACACUGGUAUAUCAGCAACCGCCACAGACUAUGAGUACGCAGCCUCAAAAUCGCUCUCCGUUUGCAGCUGGACCUCGACCAACACAUCACCAGGGAGGAUUCAGACCCAUCCAGUUUUUCCAGAGGCCACAGAUACAGCCUCCACGCACAGCCAUUCAGAAUAACAACCCUUCCAUACGACCCGGUGCCCAGACUGCAACGGCUGUUUACCAAACCAACCAGCCCAUCAUGAUGGUCAACCAUCUCCCUAUGCCAUAUGCAAUGCCACAAGGGCCACAGUACUGUAUUCCCCAGUAUCGACAUAGUGCUCCACCGUACGUGGGACCCCCUCAGCAGUAUCCAGUACAGCCGCCUGGCCCCAGUCCUUUCUAUCCGGGUCCUGGCCCUGGGGAGUUCACUAACCCCUAUGAUCUCCUGUCUCCAUUUGGGACCAGUGACAGCAGAAUGGCUCUCCUGACUCGUGUGAGAGGGGGAGGUGAAAAUAGCACGCCAUUCUACCCAAGCCAGCCCGUGUACCAGUCCGCACCAAUCAUAGUGCCUACACAGCAACAGCCACCUCCUCCGGCCAAGAGAGAGAAGAAGACGAUCCGAAUAAGAGACCCCAAUCAGGGCGGCAAAGACAUAACAGAGGAAAUAAUGUCUGGGGGUAGCCGGAACCCCACACCUCCCAUUCUCCGACCCAGCUCUACACCAACACCACCUCAGCAGCUGCCUAGCCAGGCUCCUGAGCACAGCACAGGGGUGUUUGGGACAAUGGAAAGCCCACAUCUUACUGCCAGCAUUCCCGCCAUUGCUGCCAUCCAUCCCAAAUCAGAGGAGAAGCCAAAACAAGAUCUUGUGUUAAAAUCAUCUCCUCCUCCUUGCCUGCAAGCAGAAUCUAGCGCCAUGGAGAAAAGUAUUGACUCUGAAACAGUCCCUUUGGACACUAGCCCUGAACGCCCACAGACGACUAGUCUAUUGCCGCUUGUAGCAACAACUCCACUUGCCGUACCCACCGCUCCGGCCUUUCCCUGCCACCUGGAGGACACUAGCGAGGGUGAUGAGUCUCCUCCAGCUACUGAAAUCCUCCCAGAGGAAGCAGCAGCAGAUGAGAUGGAGGAUGAGCUAUGCAAGGAUCCUCUUGGGCUUCCGGUACCCACGGAGGUCCAAGUGAUUGCUCAGGAAAUAAAUGGAAUAAACUAUGAAAAAAACACCUUAGACAAUACACCUGGGGAAAAAGUACUGUUGGGUGACGUGGUCGUGCCAGAAGUGCCAGAGUUGGUGCCAUCCUCACCCUCAGACACAGAUGUUGAAUGCACUUCCUCUUCAAAUGUGCCUCUUUCAUCCCAAGCUUUGUCAGUGUCCUCACAGCCAGAGUCCCCUCCACCUCCUCUUAUAGCUCCUGCUGCUCUCUGUACCACUAAAUCCUCUCCACCUGCAACAAUUCUUCCACCUCCCAGCCAGGGACAUCUGGAGGAACAGGAGGAGGUAAGAACUUCCAUUGUAGAUGGUGCAGGAGACUUAACGAACAAAGGAAGAUUGGAAGCAGAGUCUGAACUGGAGCACAACGUCCAACUUCUGACUGUCGCCUCAAGGAAAAGUCCUGUGGAAGUCCACACAGUGGCAACUGCACCAAAGAUGUGGCAGAAACCAAAAGAUGGCAGCCCAGACAUCGAGGCAAUGUCGCAGCCAGAGGAAGAGCCUCAAGACGAGGACACUGAGGAAGAGAAACCUUUGGAAGUGGAGCAGGACCAGAUCACGGGUAACGGUGCAGCCACAGAAUGCCCCUUUAUUGCCAGUACCAAACCACUAGAGGAAAAUGGAGAGGCAGAGCCUGUGCGAAAUGGAACCGAUGGCGGUUUGGAGUGCGAAGAUGUAGAUGUUCCACCAGUUGCAGAGGACGGUGUGGUAUUCCCAUAUAAAUCAGGAGGAGGGCCAACGGAAAAGCCUGCAGAAAGUGUCAUGGAUCCUUCCCCGUUGCCAGCUCCCAGCGAGCAGCCCGAGGGGAAGAGACAGUAUGACCGAGACUUCCUGCUGGGGUUCCAGUACAUGCCAGCCUGCAUCUUGAAACCAGAAGGCUUGCCACCCAUCAGCGACGUGGUCCUGGACAAAAUCAAUCAGCCAAAAAUACCCCUACGGACCUUGGACACACGAAUGUUGCCGAGGGGCCCUGACUUCACCCCUGCCUAUGCGGAUUUUGGAAGGCCAGCUCCAGGAGGCCGUGGUGGUGUUCCUUUACUGAAUGUGGGUCCUAGACGUUCACAGCCAGGCCAAAGGGGGGGACCUAGGAAGAUUAUCAUGAACAUUUCCGUAACAGAUGACGUCCACUUGAAGAAAUCAGAAAAUGCAUGGAAACCCAGUGUGAAGAGGGAUAGUAUGGCUGAAGACCCAGAAAACAUCAGGACGCAGGCUCUCUUCCGUAAGGUCCGAAGCAUCCUCAACAAGCUGACGCCUCAAAUGUUCCACCAGUUAAUGAAACAAGUGACAGAUCUGACUGUGGACACAGAGGAGCGGCUCAAGGGUGUCAUUGAUCUUGUUUUCGAGAAAGCAAUUGAUGAACCAAGCUUCUCCGUGGCGUAUGCCAACAUGUGCAGAUGCCUUGCUACACUUAAAGUGCCGAUGGCAGACAAGCCUGGAAGCUGGGUGAAUUUCCGAAAGAUUCUGCUGAACCGUUGUCAGAAAGAAUUUGAGAAGGAUAAAGCAGACGACGAUGUUUUUGAGAAAAAGCAAAAAGAGCUUGAAUUGGCUAAAACGCCAGAGGAGAAGACUAAGCUUCAGGAUGAGUUAGAGGAAGCCAAGGACAAAGCUCGCCGAAGAUCGAUCGGGAACAUAAAGUUCAUUGGGGAACUCUUCAAGCUGAAGAUGUUGACAGAAGCCAUCAUGCACGAUUGUGUUGUGAAAUUACUCAAAAAUCAUGAUGAAGAAUCUCUGGAGUGCCUGUGCCGGCUGCUCACCACCAUUGGCAAGGAUCUGGAUUUUGAAAAGGCCAAGCCACGCAUGGAUCAGUACUUUCACCAGAUGGAGAAGAUUGUGAAAGAAAGAAAGACUUCUUCCAGAAUCCGUUUUAUGCUGCAGGAUGUAAUAGACGUUCGAAUGUGCAACUGGGUGUCACGAAGAGCAGACCAGGGGCCCAAAACCAUCGAGCAAAUUCACAAAGAGGCCAAGAUCGAAGAACAGGAGGAGCAGAGGAAAGUCCAACAGCUGAUGACCAAAGAUAAACGGAGACCAGCAGGGGUUCAAAGAGUAGACGAAGGAGGAUGGAAUACAGUUCAGGGAGCAAAGAAUAAUCGUGUCAUAGACCCUUCCAAGUUCUUAAAAAUCACAAAGCCCACAAUAGACGAGAAGAUUCAGUUAGUGCCAAAGGCUCAGCCUGGUAGCUGGGGGAAGGGAAGCAGCGGAGGCGCAAAAGCCAGCGACACAGAAUCAUUGAGACCGGGUGCCCCAGGACUAAACAGAUUCUCUGCCCUUCAGCAAUCUCCAUCUCCAACCUCCUCUCCUACAAGUGCUGAACAAGAUCCGCGCAGGAAUCUUGCAAGCCGUGAGAAGAAUGAUAAACCUACCGGCCCCACUGCGGUCUCUUCAGCUGCACGACCAAGCAGCUUUAUCCGAGGCAGUGGUAGCAAAGAGCUGAUAAACAAUCAGGAAGAGCUGCGCAGGGAGACACUGCAGACGGUGAAGCAGUUGAUGAGCAGCACAGAGGUGGAGAAAACCACAGGGCUGGAACGCAAACUCAAAGGAAAGGCUGAAUCUCCAGAAGCAGAGAAGUCAGAGACUCGGGACCCCGACAAGUUAUCUUUGUCUGAGGAGGAGAUGGAAAGAAAAUCUAAAGCCAUUAUUGAUGAGUUUCUUCAUAUAAAUGACUAUAAGGAGGCCAUGCAGUGUGUGGAGGAGCUCCGAACUCUUGGUGCACUUCCAGUGUUUGUCAGAGUGGGAGUGGAGUCCACACUAGAGAGGAGUCAGAUCACCCGUGAUCACAUGGGACAGCUCCUGUACCAGCUAGUGCAGUCUGGCAAACUCAGCAAGCAAGACUUCUUCACAGGGUUUUCAGAUACUCUGGAGCUAGCAGAUGAUAUGGCAAUUGAUAUACCACAUAUCUGGUUGUACCUGGCUGAGCUGGUGACCCCCAUGCUGAAAGAAGGCGGGAUCUCUUUGAAAGAGCUGAUAUUAGAGUUUGGCAAAGCUCUGCAGCCUGUAGGACGUGGAGGCGUCUUAUUGUCUGAAAUUUUGCACCUUCUAUGCAAACAAAUGAGCCAUAAGAAAGUGGCUGCUUUGUGGAGAGAAACUGGCUUAAAGUGGAAAGACUUCUUACCAGAAGGGGAAGAUGUACAGAGCUUUGUCAGUGAGAAGAAUUUAGAUUUCACGUUAAGUGACAGCUCAAGCUCAGAGAAUCUUUCCAAGAAAGAGAUGUCAGCAGAGGAACUCAACAAGCGUCUGGAGCAGCUAAUUCUACAGGAAAAGGCAAAUGACGAACAAAUUUUUGAUUGGGUAGAGGCUAAUCUAGAUGAAUGCCAGAUGAGUUCACCUACAUUCCUUAGAGCUUUAAUGACUGCAAUCUGCAAAGCAGCAAUUCUAGGGGACUGUUCUUCCUGCCGCGUGGACACUACCUUUCUGAAGCAGAGGGUCCCAGUGUUGUUAAAAUACUUGGACUCUGAUACAGAGAGGGAACUACAAGCACUUUAUGCACUUCAAGCAUUGAUCGUAAUACUGGAUCAACCUCCCAACUUGUUACGCAUGUUUUUUGAUUGCCUUUAUGAUGAGGAAGUCAUCUCAGAGGAUGCCUUUUACAAGUGGGAGAGCAGCAAGGAUCCAGCGGAGCAGAACGGAAAGGGAGUAGCGCUAAAGUCUGUGACUGCCUUCUUCACGUGGUUACGAGAAGCUGAGGAGGAGUCAGAGGACAAUUAGAAACUUUAAUUAAAUGACAUUCUAUAGACCCCAUGCAGCCUCUCUCACAUGAGGGAAGAGACUAUGCAAAGGGAUACUUUCAACAUCUUUAUAUACUUUUUAUUUUAUUUGGUUUUUGAUUUUCUUCCGUUCCCAUCUUCGCCAAUCAGGGUACAUCAGAGUUGGUACAUACAUGGGAUAGCUGACAGCGGAAAUAAAACAAGUCAACAAAAGGGAGGGGUGGAAAAGGGCUCCCAAACUGGUAGUUAUAAUGCAUUGUUUGACAUAAUAAUAAUAAUAAUGAAGAAGAGGCGGAGAAAAAUAGGGGGAAAAUGUGGAAAGGCACUCAUUUGCCCCCUAAACUAUUUAUAGAAGUAAAUAUUUUCUGUUUUAAAUCCCUGCCCACCCCUACUCCCAUUUUUUUUUUUUUUUUUUUUAAAACAAAACCUCAAAGGAAAAAAAAAAAAAAGACGUGCCCUUACGUAAAAACACAGAUCAUUUCAGAAGAUAAGAGAAAAUAAUUUAUUACCUUAUGAACUGCACAGGCCAGUGUUUCCUUCUCUUUAGUUUGUGGUAUCUGUAAAGUCGGGGAAGGGGAUCUCUUCAUCCCGUGCAUUGUAGCCUUUUAUAUGGGAAAGGAUAAAGCGCUUUUUGAUGAAGGAGAUAGUCUCUCAUUGAGAAUUACCGCAGCAGUCAAUUUAUAGUUUCUAAAAUGGAGCUCAGAUUGUACCAUUUCUUUUUCUUCUUUUUUUUUAAAUUUGUUUUUACUCCCGCCUGCCCCUCACUUCAAUGAGCUUGAGCAUCAUAACCAUUUGCUCUUCAAAUUAACCCUGCUGUCACCAGUAAGUCAUUUGUUCCGUUCAGCAUCAUGAAAAAAAAUGUUAGAUAAUUGGUGGCAGUACAAUAUGCUGUCACCCAGGAAAUAUGGGCAAUGCUGUGUAUAAGUGGGCAGUGCCAGCAUCUUAUGACACAGAAAUAUGCUACAUGUCUGAAGCGAACGGUUAUAGGUCUAAAUGUAUUGUCUGUGGAGUGGUACCAUCAGAAGUUUAAUAUCCUGCCAAGAAGGAAGCUUCGGGCUGAUAGCUUUAGCCGUCCUGAUAGCUGAAUCUGCUUACCUUUUAUGCAGGGUUAAUGUUAGGACAUUUGUGGUUCCAAGUCUUGGCCCACUAGCCGAUGGCUCUGUGUAGUGAGAGCAUGGCAAAAAGAUUUGUUGCAAUACAGUAUUUUAACAGCUCCCAGCAAGAAAUACAGAAAUCAGUUAAGCGAUUCCUGAUUGACUCAGAAAGGGGAUCAUAACGCAAGCUCUGUGCGGCAGCAAAGAGACAAUUAGUUAUAACACUCAAUCCUUUGUUCACAGUUCUAGCUGUCAGAGGUCACUAAAUAUUAGACUUUCUCUCACAAUGUUGCUGAACCUGUGGAGGAUUUUGUAAGUACCAGGUAUAGAGAGGGGGAUUCAUGGCUUAGUCCUCAUUCACUCAAGAGAAAAAUAUAUGGAAUGUUGCGCAGUGGGAGGGGCUCGUGUCUUUGGACUUGUAGGAGCUGCGUAGCUUUUCAUAACAAUGGCAGGUGUGCUUGUCAGAUCUCUUAUAUUGUAUUUCUAUUCAUUUUAGCCUGGUUUCCUAUGGAAAAAAAAGGCUAAUAAAAAAAAUCCGUACCCUG